UCGCAUGCAAGAUGGUACCGUUUGUUCAAUCCACUGCUAUUGUAACCGAGAUUCUUACAAUGACCUGCAUUGCUGUGGAAAGACAUCAGGGAAUUGUGCAUCCACUAAAAAUGAAGUGGCAGUACACCAAUAAAAGAGCUUUCACGAUGCUUGGGAUCGUCUGGUUGCUGGCUCUUAUUGUUGGGUCACCUAUGUGGCAUGUGCAACGGCUUGAGGUUAAAUAUGACUUUCUAUAUGAAAAAGUGUAUGUAUGUUGCUUGGAAGAGUGGGCCAGUCCGAUUUAUCAGAAGAUAUAUACGACCUUUAUUCUUGUUAUACUCUUCCUUCUUCCACUGAUGUUGAUGCUUUUUUUGUACACUAAAAUUGGCUAUGAACUCUGGAUUAAGAAACGAGUGGGAGAUGCUUCAGUUCUUCAAACCAUUCAUGGGAGUGAAAUGUCUAAAAUAUCAAGGAAGAAGAAGCGAGCAAUUGUUAUGAUGGUGACAGUGGUGUUUCUCUUUGCAGUCUGUUGGGCCCCUUUCCAUGUAAUUCACAUGAUGAUAGAAUACAGUAAUUUUGAAAAGGAGUAUGAUGAUGUGACAGUCAAAAUGAUCUUUGCAAUCGUCCAGAUUAUAGGAUUCUUCAAUUCUAUUUGUAACCCUAUUGUGUAUGCUUUCAUGAAUGAAAACUUCAAGAAAAAUUUUUUGUCUGCCAUCUGCUUCUGCAUUGUCAAAGAAAAUUCAUCACCAACCAGGCAACUUGGGAACUCGGGGAUUACUAUGAGGCUGCAAAAGGCAAGCGUUUCUCAAAGAGACCCCAUUGACUCGGACGAAGCCAGGAGGGAGGCAUUCAGCGAUGGCAACAUUGAAGUCAAGUUCUGUGAUCAGCCAGCUUCAAAAAGGAAUUUGAAACGGCACCUUGCCUUAUUCAGUUCUGAGCUUACUGUGCAUUCUGCAUUAGGAAAUGGACAGUAGCAUCACAAAGGUUUUGAGAAUGGGAGCAACACUCUCUUCAUAUGAUAACUUUGAAUAAGCCAUUUAAAACAGUUUUCUACUUUGCAUGCUGAAAAGAGGGGGAAAAUAUUUUGUGGAUUAUUAUAAUAUUGGGAUAAUGGUUGAGAAAAUGUAAUAUAUUUUAUCAGGAUCAGGAGUAACACUUUGGAAAACAA